AUGUUCAGACAAACGAAAAGGAGAACAGCGGGUAGAAGGAAUUUUGAGGAAGUGUCUUCUUACGCUGAGUCCUCCAAAUCAUUGUACCCAUCGAGGUUGUCAUUUUAUGACUUACCUCCAUUGGAAGAGAUCACAUUGGAGGAGUUCGAAAGCUGGGCAAUUGAUAGGUUGAAGAUCUUGAUUGAAAUUGAGUCAUGUUUAGCUAGAUCGAAGCCACUCAAGGAUAUUGAAACGGUGGUGAGACCGCUCUUGCUCAAAUUUUUACCUUUGAACCCGCCCUCGUCUGGCUCAGACGCCCAGAUAAUCGCCGAAAGAAAGAAGGACCAUUAUUCCCAUUACACGUUGCGUCUUGUGUUUUGCAGAACAGAAGAACUCAGGAAGAAGUUUGUUAAGAACGAAGCAACAUUAUUCAAGAUCAGGUACAAUAUGCUCCAGCCAAAAGAACAGUUGGAGUUUGCGAAGUUGUACAGCGACAAGUUGAUGUGGGAAUACAUCUCUAAUGAAGAGAAGCUUGAACUAAUGGACGAGUUGGUUGCUGCCUCAGGACCAGUUAUAAGAACAAUCUUGACCAUUGAGAACGCGGGAGAUGCCAAUUUCUCAAUCACUUCUGAGCAACUAAGGCACCACAUUCGAAACAAGGAAAGCUUCAUCAAGUUGCCUUUUGAGAAGGUUCCUAAUUUGGUGUCUCUGAGACAAGUGUACCUCCGUCGUGGUUUUGCAUACAUCCCUUCUACAUUGCAAGUUUCAUUGCUUUCAGUGGUGUUCAGUGAGCUGUUGAACCUGGCGCUUCUAAAGACCUUCCAAGCAAUCCCGAGACUCGAGGAAGAUGAUCGUUUAUUACCUCUCCUCAACAAUUUGUCCCGCGGCUUUGCAAGCAUUCAAUACGAUAGCUUUGCUGACCCUGCCACUGCAUCUGAUAUCAACGCUACUUCGGUGACCACUCCGCAAAUCUCCAAGCAUUACCCACUUUGUGCAUCCCACCUUCAGAAAGCAUUGGUCGCCAACUCUCACUUAAAGUACAACGGUAGGCAACAGCUAGGAUUGUUUCUUAAAGGUAUUGGUCUUAAUGUUGAUGAGGCUAUGAAAUUCUGGUCAUACCAAUUCACAAAGUCUUCGAAGAUGAAUAUGGAUACGUUUAACAAAGAGUAUAAGUAUAACGUUAGACACACGUAUGGUCUAGAGGGUGGUCGUAUAAAUUACAAGCCGUGGGACUGUGCGACGAUAUUGCUGAAACCAAAGCCUCAAAAGGGCGAAUACCAUGGUUGUCCAUACAGAGACUUGCCUCUUGAGCUGUUGGUAGAGACGUUGGGUCAGAUGGGAAUACAAGACCAACAUGACAUCAACGGUAUCGUCGAAGAUGUCAACAAAAACGACUACACAGUGGCUUGCACGCGUGUUUUUGAAAUCACCCACAAGCAUCAGCUCCAAGGAAAGAACGAGAACCUUCAUAUCAACCACCCCAACUUGUACUUUGACAGGUCAAGACAGUUGGAGCGUAACGAUACGAAGGCUGUGUCUACCGCGAGAUAA